AAAGAAUUGCAUUUUUAUAGUAGUAAAUUACUAGAAUGUGACUUGAAAGAUAGUGUAAAUAGAUCUACUAUUAAUGCAAGUCAAUUGAAAACUAUCGAUCAAAACAUUAAUAAUGACUUCAAGCAUAUUUCUGAAUCUUAUCAACUACAACUGGAUAGUAUCGAUGAUACAAAUUUAUCAAUUGAGAAAGCUAUUGAUAUUUCAAGUUCAUUAUUUAUUAAUAAUAAUAACUCAUUUAUUGAGAAACAAAGUAGAAUAUCAGACAAUAGCAUGCAACAAAUAGGUGCAAGAAAUACUAAUUAUGAUUCUGCAAGCUUAGAA